AUGGCCAACCUAGCUUUUGAUCUCGACGUGCCCGGGACCGAGCAACUUGUCGAUGUUCAACACAAUCUCCAUACUGCGCACUCGCAUGGAACGGGUGACAUCGUCCUCAUUCCUGCACCAACCACUGCUGGUGCCGAUCCAUUGCUGUGGAAUCGAUUCAAGAAGUAUUACCAACUGUUUCUCUUGGCCCUCUAUGCCUGCGCCUUCUCGUAUGGAGAGAAUACGCUGGGCGCCGCAUGGACGACGGUUUCCGAAGAUACUGGCGUGUCUUUGACCAACAUGAACGGUGGCAGUGCUCUCAAUUACCUCCUCUUGGGCUUUGUCAACAUCUUUUGGAUCCCCUCCGCCAUGAAGAUAGGCCGCAGACCAGUGUUCAUUGCCUCCACCGUGGUCUGCAUGUGCGCGGGUGUCUGGCUGGGCGAAUUCCACGGCACGGCAUCUUGGUUCUUGGCCAUGGUGCUCAACGGGAUAGGCACGUCCGCAUAUCAAGCCGUGAUCCAAUUGAGCGUCUUUGACAUGUUCUUCACCCACCAACGUGGUAGGGCGCUGUCCUUUUAUCUCUUCGGUCAACAGUUGGGCAGUAUCCUAGGUCUCAUCACCGGUGGAACAAUUGCCGAUGGCCCUGGAUGGCGAUGGUCACAGUAUAUCGUCGCCAUUAUUGACGCUGGUGUAUUGGUCCUGCUCUUGUUGACCUUCGAGGAGACGCUCUUUCCACGCUUCUUGUUUGACAGGAUGGUUGGCACCCUCCCCAGCAUUGCGCAAGAACAGGCAAACCCAAAGCUGGAGGAUAAGGUGGCCGCGCAGACUGCAUUUGAUGGCUCCAUUCCGACCGACACCGAGACAAACGAUUUGGCCGCUUCUUUUCCGGCAAGAACCUACCGGGAGAAGUUGAGGCUCUGGGUGUACUAUCCUCAGGACAGAACCACCUUCUGGCAAUACUUUCGACGGCCUUUCCUCCUGUUCACGAUCCCGAACAUCGUCAUUGCUGGUAUCAUCUUUGCAUUUGGCUGCACUGCAGGCAUUGUUUCCUUCAACACCAUUUCGGAAAUCCUCACCGAGCCACCGUACAACUGGUCCACGACUAGCACCGGUCUGGUGUUUCUCGCCGCUCUGGUGGGGAACUUUGUUGGUUGGGCCACGGGUGUCCUCAGUGACUAUAUUCUCAUCUUCCUCGCUCGCCGCAACAACGGUAUCAAAGAGCCCGAAAUGCGUCUCUGGACACUGGGUUUUUCGUUUGUCUAUGCAGCUGUUGGAUACCAGUUGUAUGGCUGGGGUGCCGAUUUCGGGAUGCACUGGAUGACCAUCGCUUUCGGCGUUGGGGCAAUGAUUGCUCAUCAAGUCUCGGCUUGUUCUAUUGCUACUGCAUAUGCCAUGGAAUGCUUCCCAGGUGUAAGUACAACCUUCCUGGACUGA